GGCAGAGGAGGAGGAGAAGCGAUGAAGCAGAAGGAAGAGGAGAAAGACGGAGCAGAAGGACAAAAACAGGAUUGAGGGGCACAUAAAGGAGAAGGCUUUCUGGAUUAGGAGAACAUUUUUUCUCCUGUUUGGAGUAAGGAGGACCUGCAGCUGUAAAAAUGUGGAUAGAAACCAAAACAGAGGUGGAGGAGGCCGGCAGGAGUCGGGCCAGCUUCAGCUGGCGAGUGCUGGAUGGUCUGAUGCUGUGCACUGGAGACAUGGAGCACUUGGAUAAAUACACGCAGGAAAAGUGGUUUGUGCUGCAGCUGGCUGUGUGGGGGCUCAGAGGGGUUGCCAGAGUGAUUCUGGCCAACAACCCACUGAGCGGAGCUCUGAUCCUGGCUGCCCUGUACUGGGCUUCCCCCUGGCAGGGCCUGCUGGGAUCUCUGGGUGUACUGGCCUCAACGCUCACAGCUGUCAUCAUUGGACAGGACAGUGGCGACGUGGCAGGAGGUCUUCACGGAUUCAACGGCAUGUUGGUGGCUCUUCUGAUGGGAGUGUUCAGCUCAGCUGGAGACUGGUACUGGUGGCUGCUGCUGCCUGCCUGCUUGGCCUCAGCUACAUGUGUCUUUCUGUUCAGUGGGCUCACAAUGUUACUGGACCACUGGGACUUGCCUGCUGCCGUGUUUCCCUUCAACAUCAUUAUCGUCCUUUACCUCCUAUGCACUGGAACGAACAACCCUUAUUUUCCUCACAACCCAGUAAUACCACCGGGGGCAGUAGAGCCUAAUGACACAGCACUUAUAGCAGUCGAGGUGAUCCGUGGCAUUCCUCUCGGUGUGGGUCAGAUCUACGCUACUGAGGCCCUCGGACCCUCUCUCCUCAUCCUGGGGGCCGUCGUUCUCUACUCCCCGCUGCUGGGCGUCCACGCUGUGCUGGGAUCAGCAGUGGGAACAUUGGCCGGUUUAUCCAUGGCAGUGCGUCAUGACUCGCUUUACUCCGGCCUGUCGGGCUUCAAUGGUGCUUUGGGCUGCAUGGCUGUUGGAGGACUCUUCUUCACCUUCAGCUGGAGGACCCACCUCUUGGCCAUCGCCAACGCGUUUCUCUCUGCGUACUCAGACAUCGCCCUGAGCAACUUGCUAGGAACUGUGGGUCUCCCAGCAUGCAGUUGGGCAGCUACUCUUACAUCCACACUUAUGUUGUUGUUGACCGGAAGCUUAGCAGGAUACCGCAUCCCCAUUGGUCAAGUCAAGGCCCCUGAAUGCAACAUGUGCUCGAGACGCCAAUGGGAAGCUGGAAACACGGAAGAGAGGGAGAGCACGGAUGUGUAGCGGAACGUCACAUGUGCACUUUUCACCAACUGGACCAAACACAGGUAGUUUUAAUCUUAAAAAUUAUGUUAGCUGUGAGUUUUUAUACUGAAUUUUAUAUGGACACACUUCCAAAGCUGCUUCUUAAACUGCCCAUAUACUGACAAUAGAGUACAGUGCAAAUGUUUUAAACCAUAUAUGUUUCCAAGCAGUCUGCAUUAUUUUUAAUAUUUCUUCAGCUGUUGCUUUUUCCUCACAAAAAUAAAGCUUUUUGCAGUAGAUAAAGGCAUGACUGGAACAUCAUCUCUUUGAGAAACGGGAGGAUCCAGAAAAAACCGACUUAAAAUCUGGAUUCUUCAUUCAUAGGUUGGUGUAUGUAAAGUAGCUCUUUAGGAAUAAUCCGUCUGGGUUAAAAGUAUUUGUUUCAGUCUGUGGAAUUAGUUAACCUUUGGUAUUCUUCAUUUCACUUUUAGAAAUGGGAAGAAUGGUGACAGGCUGCUGUUAACAAUGUUGUCUUUUUUUUUUCUCAUAGAUGCCAACAACUUAAAAAACUUUUUGGGGAUCUAAAUUUGAAGAAGUGAAACACUUUUUGUGAAACGUAAAGCUCUGUUACCUCCAUGAAGCAUGUGUAUUGCUUAUGAUUCUCUUGAUCUAUACCUAAUGAAUGAAUGAAUGGUCAUUGUAAUUUUUACUGAGUGUCUCAAAGUGCUCAAAAAAUGAUCAGCUAAAUUAUUCCAGAAAAUUGGUCCAACUGACCUGUUGUUGAAGUUUGCACAUUAAGUUUAUGUGAGUCAAUUUUCAUCUAUGGAGACUGAGUGUUUGCAUAACAGAGAAUGACAAUAAGUAAGGUUGUUGUUGGACUAAUGCAAAAACUCUAGUACAAACAUGGGAGCAGUGAUGCACACUAUGUGACUUACUAAUGCCAUGGAAUGAUUAAAAACUGUAAAACACAAACAAAAAAACUUAGAUCAUGUGCCUGGUUGUAAGAUUGUUGCUGGAAUGGUAUUUAUUCAAAGUAGUGUCUCAAUUUAACACUGACAAGAAACUUAGGAAAUACAGGACAGGACUCUUAGAUAUUCAUCACUGUCUUACUCAUAUAUAUCAUUUUCUUAAUUUAAUGUUUUAUAAGUUUUGUGUUAUGUUUUAAUUGCAUAAUUUUUAGCACUUAGAUUGAUGUUGAUUCAUAAUUGCCAAUGUUGUUUCCUUAUUUAUUACUCUUUCUUAUUACCUAGUCUAGCUUUUGAUACAAGAUAUUCUGGAUCUUGUAAACUGUAUUCUUUGUUUAGCUGCCUGUUUGGUUAUCCCUUCUUUUAGGUUUUUCUGUGUGAUAUUUUCCUGAUCUUGAGCUGAAAAAGAGGCAUCACAAGUCAGAAGGAAAAAUUCAUUUAAUAAACAUGAAAACAAGUUGCAUCAUCAUCUUUGUUUAAAAUGAAACAUCUUGAAAAUUAUUGUCAAUAAAAACCCGAACUGAAAUCAGCAGUAAUAUGUUUUUCAAUGUUUUUUUGUUUUUUUUUACCCUGCAUAGAUGUGCUACACAGCACUCCACUAAAAAUUCAUUGUAAACACAAAGUUUGUGUGUAAUGUAACUCUAUGCAGG